AUGACAUCUUCAUCCAACACAAAGCUUGGACCGGAACAACUAAGGCCAUACUACGAUCAUGAUAGCUUUGAUGCUGGCUAUUCAGUCAUUUUUAAAAAGGGUGUUGGGUUAGUCGACCCAAAAACAAGCAAACCAAUAACAGCAAACUUAUCAUCGAAUGUUAUUGAAAAACAAGUUAAUGAAAAUAGUUUUGGCUCAUCACCUGGACUAAUACGAAGAGCCUUUGAUAGACAAGGAGGAGUGGGAAUUCAUUCAAGUAAAGUUGCUGGUGAUAAGAAUUUCAUAUCUGAUUUGGAAUUCAGUGAGUACUUUGAAGUUAAUAAUAUGCUUGAAUUGUUGAAGAAUUUAUUUUGGACAUUGUUUAAGGAUUAUGUGAAGGUGUUGGCUGCACAACCAUUGGAAAUUACUCGAUUGGUAUUGCAAGUUGGUAAAUUCAAUUUCAGUGGGAAAAAGAAGGAGGAAAAACUGAAAAGGUUAUUAGAUCUGACCCAUUCGCUAUCAUCUUCAAGUGCAUCUUUGAAAAGUGGAAGCGCAGAUCUCGAACUUUCGGGACAUCAGCUUGGCUUUGUUGAUGAAGAUGAACCAAUUGAUUACUUUCAAUCACAAAGUGAUCUGCAGGUAUGGGCCAACCCAAACACGACAUAUGAACCAGCAACUCCAGCCCCUCCGGUCGCUGACAAGUUUGUUCCACUACCACUCAAACGAUUAAGUACUAAAAAAAGGCUCAGAGUGUACAAAAUCCAACCAAAAUCAUUGCACACUAUGGAAAUUAUGUCAGCAAUUGCUAACAAAGAUUCCUUCUUGGCUUUAUUUAGAGGAGUCAAUGCAUCAUAUCUUUAUCAGGUUUUGUCACAUAUGAUUGAAGCUUAUAUUACUGGGUUUGUAUCGCCAUUUUUGGGUAUCCCGGACCCGUUCUUUCUUGAUUUAACCCAUUCGAAUGAUCCUUUUAGGUCUUUGUGGUUGUCAGUGUCAGCAUGUGUACUCACUGGAUUGGUAAUGAUCCCGUUGGAUUUGAUACGGGUCAAGUUUAUGAUUACCCAACCAACUUCACUUGCCUUGACUAAUGAUGCUUCCAACAAUGAGGACAGUGUAGAAAAAGCUACCGAAGAAGUAGUGCAAAACACGAGAUCCUUCAGAGAAUCAAUCAGGAACUUCCCCACUUACUACUUGAAACAUCCACCAACACCGAUCAUUUUUUUCACAACCAUGUACCAAUUAUCAACCACUGUGUUCAGAAAAAUGGCGCCAUAUUUGCUAUAUAUCAAAUUCAACAUUGAUGCUUACUCAUCACCUACUUUAUACACUUUUGUCAAUUUGCUUUCACUGAUUGGUGAGUUCUUUGUCAAAUUGCCUGUUGAGAAUUUGUUGCGUAAAGAGCAAGUUCGAUUCUUAUUGGAACCAAAAGUUCACGAUAAGAAGAAGGUGAUUACAAUUGUGAAACCUGAAGAGAAUAUGAUUGUUGAAUUUAAUGGUGCCACAACCACUACUCCAGAUGGGGAUGAACUAACUGCAUGGCAAAGGGUGAAACAAUUGGGGUUGUUUAAUGGUUGGAGAGUUGGAUUGUUGAAUGUGAUUGGAUUUUGGGGUUACAACAUUGUCAAAAAUAGUGGCAAUGCAUUGAAAGAGGAAAGAUUAUAG